GACUCAAAAAAAUUCUAUGCUAUAACGUGUGGACUUUUCAAUAGUUUUGCAUGAAUCUUGUACUUAAAAGUCUGAAGCAAGACAGAGCUAAUCUUUAAAGAACUAACAAAAUAAAUAAAUUAUUGUGCGUUAAGCUCGAAAAAUGAUUUUGGCUGAGAAGAUUUGGCUGGUUUUUCCAUCGAAAUUGGCUUCAGGAGGUAUAAUGAGAUAUCUCUUACUUCUUUUACUUGCUAUCACUACUCUUACAGUGUCUGUUCAAGCUCAAGAAGAUUCAGGAUUCUUCAAUAUAGAUUGCGGAAUAUCACAAAAUGCGACGUAUAGCAAUAAGAGGACGGGCCUGGUUUAUGUUUCCGACGCAGCAUUUAUCGACACUGGAAGAAGUAAUAACAUAGCAACAGAAUACAGAGGCUUCAACAUAGACCAGACACUUCAGAAUGUCAGAAGCUUUCCUGAAGGAGAAAGAAACUGCUACAAAAUUGGAUUAAAAAAGGGAAAAUAUUUAAUCAGAGUCGAAUUUCUAUAUGCAAAUUACGACAGUCAGAACAAAGCGCCGCAAUUCGAUUUGUUUUUAGGACCGAACAAAUGGGAGACAGUUGAUACAGUUAAUUCAACUACCAUUAUCACUCAUGAAAUCAUACAUUUGAUUAAUUUGAGUUAUGUAGAUGUCUGUCUGGUGAACACUGGCUCAGGCACACCUUUUAUAUCAGCAUUGGAAGUUAGGCGUCUAAGUAAUCAAAUGUAUAACACUAGUUUCGGAUCUUUGGCUCGAUUUGCGCGGUUCGAUGUUGCUUCAACGACAAAUCAAACAAUCAGGUAUGCAGAGGAUGCUUAUGACCGUAUCUGGGCUCCAUACCAUUACUUUGAAUGGGCAGAGAUAACAACCUCAGAAACUAUUGAUUCACAAGCUCAGAAUGUUUAUCGGCCACCGUCCGUCGUCAUGAACAGCGCCGGAACACCUGCGAACCCCGAUAAGCCAAUGAUAAUCAAUAUAAAUUUUGAAGACUCCUCUUUCAGAUUCUUGGUUUACAUGCAUUUUGCUGAGCUUGUAAAGCUGGAAGCUAACCAGUCCAGACAAUUUAACAUUUCUUUGAAUGGAGAACAUUGGUACGGGCCUUUACGUCCUGACUAUUUGUACACAACAAGUGUAUUUAGUCCGUCAGUGAUGACCGCCGGAAAGUACGAGUUUUCAAUCUUUAAAACAGGAAAUUCCACCCUUCCGCCUCUUCUCAACGCCAUCGAGAUUUAUUAUUUAGUUGACGUCUUACAACCCGAGUCUAACCAAGAAGAUGUUGAUGCAAUUACGAAUAUCAAAUCAUCAUAUGGAAUUAAAAGAAAUUGGCAAGGAGAUCCAUGCACUCCUCGAGCCUAUUUGUGGGAAGGACUAAAUUGCAGCUAUAUUGGAAAUAAUGUGCCUAGAAUCAUAUCAUUGAACUUAUCAUCAAUCGGAUUGACCGGCGAAAUACCGUCCUCCAUAUCCGCCCUGACAUCGUUAGAAUCUCUGGACCUAUCAAACAAUGAAUUAACCGGAACAGUGCCUGAUUUUCUUUCUCAGUUUCCAUCCUUGAAAUUCCUGAAUUUGGCAGGAAACAAUCUCAGCGGUUCAAUUCCAUCUUCACUUCUUGAAAAGUCAAAUCAGAAUUCUCUGGUGUUAAGUGUCGACGGAAAUCCGAAUCUUUGUUCGAAAAGUUCAUGCAAUGGUGACAAAAAGAAGAACAACUCAAUUGUUGCAGUAGUGGCAUCAAUUGCUGGAGUACUAAUACUCGUUUCUGCUCUGGCCGGCUUAUUCUAUAUUCGUAAAAGGAGAAAUCAACGAGCAUCACUAGUAGUUGAAGAGAAUGCAAAAACUAGCAACAUAUAUGAGCCUCUGGAGUCGAAGGUGCAUCAUUUCACUUACGCUGAGGUAGUAAAAAUGACAAACAAUUUCGAGAGAAUUUUGGGUCAAGGAGGCUUUGGAUCUGUAUAUCAUGGCUACCUAGAUGAUCAUACUCCGGUAGCUGUGAAGAUGCUGUCUUCGUCGUCAGGCCAAGGCUAUAAGGAGUUUCAGGCUGAGGUUAAGCUGCUUGUGAGAGUUCAUCACAGAAACUUGACAAACCUUGUUGGGUACUGUGAGGAAGGCACUAAAAUGGGGCUUCUGUAUGAGUACAUGGAUAAUGGAGACUUAGAUCACCUUAUGUCAGGUAGAAACAGACAACUAUUGAAUUGGGAGCGAAGAUUAGACAUUGUAGUUGAAGCAGCAAAAGGAUUGGAAUAUCUGCACAGUGGGUGCAAGCCGCCGAUUGUACAUAGAGAUAUAAAGACAGCAAAUAUAUUACUAAAUGACAAAUUCCAAGCUAAACUAGCCGAUUUUGGACUGUCGAAAUCAUUCCCAGUUGAAGGUGGCACUCACUUAUCAACCGUCGUGGCCGGAACCCCUGGCUAUCUUGAUCCUGAGUAUUCUUUGACAAACUGGCUAACAGAAAAAAGCGAUGUGUACAGUUUCGGGAUUGUUCUGUUGAAGAUAAUCACAGGCAGGCCGGUGAUUGCUUUAGCAGACGACAAGACUAUUCACAUAGCUCAGUGGGUGAAAUCUUUUCUUGAAAACGGUGAUAUAAAAGCUGUGAUUGAUCCGUUACUAGGUGACGAGUUCAACGUUAACUCGGUUUGGAAAGCUGUAGAAAUAGCAAUGGCUUGUGCUUCUCCAACUUCUGCUGGCAGACCGAAUAUGAGUCAAGUUGUGACAGAAUUGAGCGACUGCUUAGCCGCGGAAACAGCUCGAGCACGGCCGGGGAAUGAGAGCGAAUCGAUGAGCUCUAUUGCAACAGUUAAUGAAUCAACUCCAUUGGCAAGGUAGUAGAAGUAAAUACUAGGACUCAACUUUGGGUUAAGCCAAAAAAAAUUAUAUGCAUGUAUUCUUAUGAAAAUUAAUUUUACAGUUUAGCCUAUGGUUUGUUCCUCUUCCAUGAAAGGAACUUCGAAUUCCCAUUUUUCGUUUUGGAUUCAUAGAACAGUCAAAUCAACUUAUUGAUGUACAAAUAAAAUAAGAAGAAAA